UUCCAAUAAUAUUAUAAAUACGUAGAAAGGAGAGAAACAUGGAAUAUUCCAUCGUCCAAGGUUCAAGUCCAGAAGAGGGGAAGACUUUGUUCGAAAUGGCCAUGAAAGGGAAAUGGAGUGAAGUCGUGGAUACAUGUACGGAAAACCCAUUUCUUCUAUCGGCCGGUGGUAUCACCAGGACAAAGGACACGCUAUUACACCUAGCUGUCUCUGAAGGCCAAGAAAAGACGGUCCUGGAAAUUACAAAGGUCAUAUUGGAACUACCAAUUAGUAAGGAGUUUGUUGGACGUAGAAACGAUGGAGGGAAUACCGCUCUUCAUCUUGCUGCAGUGGUGGGGAAUGUUGCCAUGUGUAAGUGCAUAGCAGGGAUUGAUUCUUCGUUGAUCGUUGCACGUAAUGAAGAGGGAGAAACUCCUCUUUCAUUGGCAGUGCUCUUUGGUAAAAACCAAGCAUUCCUAUGUCUUACCCAAAUACUUAUGCCGGAUAAGGAGCAAUUUAGCCAUUCCAAAACGAUGAAAUAUGGUACUCACGGGUACACGAUUCUUCACUACGCCAUUAAUGGAGACCAUUAUGAUUUGGCAUUGGACAUAAUUAAAUUGUACGGUGAACGAGGUUAUAACGUUAACGUUGCUAAUGAGGAAGGAAUCACGCCUUUCCAUCUACUAGCGGGCAAGCCUUCGGCUUUCCCAAGCGGGAGUCUUCUUCUUCUUGGAUGGUGCAAAACAAUCAUAUAUCACUGUAUAUAUCCCCAACUCACCACCGCGUUCAGAGGAAAAAAAACAAAAAAAAAAAUCUCUUUCAAGCACUUUUAGUUCAAAAGCUAGGCAUGAUUGUUGAUGAGCACGACGUGGAACAAAAUGAUGAUCACCCGAUAGAAAGGAACUACAGAGCAUGCAUCAACUUCUUACUAUUGUUUCGGAGUUUGGUUAGAUUAAUUGGUAUGUAUAUAUAU